GCAUCCCGGAAAUGGGUCUGUAUAUAUUCAUGUGUGUGAGCAAGCAUGGUUCAGAGCUCGUAGUUCAUAUUUCAUAGAGGCAUCGAGAGAAGCAUAGUUGAGUUGUGCAAAUUCCAAACUCAACGUUUUGGGGUAUAGGGACUGCGUGGUAUUGCUGCGAACCGUAUAUAAAGCCCCUCCCACCGAAAUGGCCGAGCGUGUGUCACUCACACUUUCACUGCCUUUACCAUCUCCCCAGUCGCCCCCAAGAAUGGCCGCUUUUUGUGGUGGCACCGCCGCUUCCUCUCGCUUUCUCUCCUCCGUAUCCAGAGCCUCCCUCUCCCUCGCUGCUUCUUCUCCUUCACCUUCCCUCUUUUCUUCCUCAUCCUCCCUCAAUUGCCUCAGAUCCUCACCUCGCAUUUCCCAUCUCUUCCUCCAUCAGCGAAGAGCUGAGGUUCGUGUAUCGAGCGGACGAUACACCACAGCCUCUGCGCCCAAGUCGUUUGCAUCUGAUCCCGAUCAACUGAAGAGCGCUAGAGAGGAUAUUAAGCAGAUUCUCAGGACUAAGUUCUGCCAUCCAUUACUGAUUCGCUUGGGAUGGCAUGAUGCUGGUACUUACAAUAAGGAUAUUGAGGAGUGGCCUCAGAGAGGUGGAGCUAAUGGUAGCCUGAGAUUUGACGUUGAGCUGAAACAUGCAGCCAAUGCUGGACUUGUAAAUGCAUUGAAUCUUCUCAAGCCAGUCAAAGACAAGUACUCUGGUGUGACAUAUGCAGAUUUAUUUCAGUUGGCUAGUGCUACUGCUGUAGAGGAGGCUGGAGGCCCAAAAAUCCCUAUGAAGUAUGGAAGAGUGGAUGUCUCCGGUCCUCAUGAAUGUCCUGAAGAAGGGAGACUUCCUGAUGCUGGUCCCCCUUCACCUGCUGACCAUUUACGCCAAGUGUUCUACAGGAUGGGGUUAAAUGACAAGGAAAUAGUUGCAUUAUCUGGUGCGCACACACUGGGGAGGUCUCGACCAGAACGUAGUGGGUGGGGCAAGCCUGAGACUAAGUAUACGAAAGAUGGACCGGGAGCCCCUGGUGGGCAAUCUUGGACAGUGCAAUGGUUGAAGUUUGAUAACUCUUACUUCAAGGAUAUCAAAGAAAAAAAGGACGAGGAUCUAUUGGUCUUGCCGACCGAUGCUGCUCUCUUUGAGGAUCCGUCUUUCAAGGUCUAUGCUGAAAAGUAUGCUGCAGAUCAGGAAGCAUUCUUUAAAGAUUAUGCUGAAGCCCAUGCCAAACUCAGUAACCUCGGAGCCAAAUUUGAUCCUCCGGAGGGCAUUGUCAUUGAUGAUGUAUCUUCGAAGGCUAACAAGCUUGAAGCAGUCAAGUACUCGCCUGGGAAGGAGGAAAAGCAAGAGUCAUGUUUUCUUGCGCUGACGUGGGGUAUAAUAAUACAAAGAAACUGUCUGAGGUCAUGAAGCAGAAGAUUUAGGCUGAGCAUGUAGCAAUUAGUGGAAAUCCAGAUAAGCAAUUAUCGGCAAACUAAUUUCCGAAUAUUUAUGGUGGUCAUUGUUGUUUUGGCAUUUUUUUCAUCCUCAAUUUUUUCCCGGCUUCUCUACAA